GGCUCGAUGGUACCUUUUUCCGGUUUCUGGUGACGCACGCGCAGCUCUCUAAGCCGCCUCUGUCUCUGAGGUGACGGUGGCCGAGGUGGCUGUGUGGUCUGCAAAGAGUGGCGGGAGCGGCUGCAUUUCCUCCCCAGUUACCCGGGAGGCGCGGCCCGGCUUCUUCGGUGACCUGGCUGCGAAGGGCUCUCGGGCGUCGGAUCCCGCCGGAAAGGUGUUUGGUGAUUCUCGGCAGCAAGUGUUGGCACCGGGAGCAUCCCUUGGGACCAAAUGUGCAGUGGACGAUGCCCCUCCUAACCCCACAGAUCCAAGACGAGAAUGACUACAGCUUAGUGGCCAGCCUUGACAACGUUAGGAAUCUCUCCACUAUCUUGAAGGCUAUUCAUUUCCGAGAACAUGCUACGUGUUUCGCUACUAAAAAUGGAAUCAAGGUUACAGUGGAAAAUGCAAAGUGUGUGCAAGCAAAUGCUUUUAUUCAGGCUGGAAUAUUUCAAGAGUUUAUAGUUCAGGAAGAGUCUGUUACUUUUCGAAUAAAUUUAACUGUCCUUUUAGACUGUUUAUCUAUUUUUGGAUCAAGUCCUAUGCCAGGGACUUUAACUGCACUUCGGAUGUGUUACCAAGGUUAUGGUUACCCUUUGAUGCUAUUUCUGGAAGAAGGAGGAGUGGUGACAGUCUGUAAAAUCAAUACUCAGGAACCCGAGGAAACUCUGGAUUUUGAUUUCUGCAGCACCAAUGUUAUCAAUAAAAUUAUUCUGCAGUCAGAGGGGCUCCGUGAAGCAUUUUCUGAAUUGGAUAUGACAAGUGAAGUGCUACAGAUCACCAUGUCUCCCGACAAGCCUUAUUUCAGGUUAUCUACUUUUGGGAAUGCGGGAAGCUCCCACCUUGAUUAUCCCAAAGAUUCUGAUUUGAUGGAAUCAUUUCAUUGUAACCAGACCCAGGUGAACAGAUACAAGAUUUCCUUACUGAAACCCUCCACAAAGGCCUUAGUCCUGUCUUGUAAGGUAUCUAUUCGAACAGAUAACCGAGGAUUCCUCUCAUUACAGUAUAUGAUUAGAAAUGAAGAUGGACAGAUAUGUUUUGUGGAAUAUUACUGCUGCCCUGAUGAGGAAGUUCCUGAAUCAGAGUCUUAAGUAUGGCCUUCCCUGUGGUUUCUACCUGAACAUUCAUGAUAGGUCACAUCCUCAUUCUGGGUAUAGUAUCUCCAGGAGACUGGGUUUUCUAAAGGGAAGAAGCAUGGAGGAGACGCAAACAAGGUCCAUGUACCCUAAUAGUUGCUGUAUAUUUUGUAAGUAAAUGUUUUCAUAUAGUCAUGGAUUACCCACUACCGGACUGUCCUUUGGUUCUGUCUUUUGAACUCAUCAUUAUGAGCCAAGAUGAAUAAUCUAUUUAAGUCAGACAUUUCAAGAGUCUAAAAAUUUAAAGUUUGAUGAAUCCAUACCUGAAAUGUUCUUUUAUUUAUUUACUAUUAGAAAGAGCAGCUGCAUAUGGGCAUUGCUUAUUAGUUUGAAUUCCGGAGAAUAUAUCUUAACAGUGGUUCUCAAAGUGUGGCAUCUAGACCAAUAGCAUCACCAUUACCUGGAAACUUGUCAGAAACUCUGGAGGUGGGCCAAUAAUCUGUAGCUUAAGAAAACUUUCCCCCAGGAAAUUCUGAUGCAUGCUAAUGUUGGAGAACCACUGUUUUGAAGGAUACUUUUUUUGUUGUUUUAAUAGCGUUUAAUUGCACUGAAGUGAUUGCUUUUACAUGUGAUUUCUUCCCAAAUGUUCUGAAGUUUAGGCUUUGCCAGACAAGUCUGAGUAAUUAUAUGAUUUAUUUUUAAAGUAUACAUUUUAAAGAAAUCUAUGAACAAGAUAUAUAAAACAGUCUUCAGAGUUGAGUUACAGGAUUUCUUCUUGUUCUCUGCAACUGUUCAGUGCAGUAAGUACUGUAGUAAGUACUUACUAGAUAAGUUUGCCUUCUGUUUGCCUAUAAGAGUUUCUCAUCCAAACCAAGAUGUAGAAAAUCAGUUAUUAAGUGAUUUUGCACUUUCUUGGGUAGUUUUCCAUCAAUUUUUAUGGCAUGUGGAUAUUUAAUAAAAUGAAAUACUAAAAUUA